CCAAUAAAAACAGAAAAACACGCUCCCAAGUCAAAAGCUAAAGAAAGCAGUCUCUCUGUCAUCAUUUCCUUUCAUCUCUCUCUCUCUGUUUGUGUUUGCAGUUUGCUUUUUUAAACUCCAUUGAUCUAUGUAUUCUGUAUCGAAAAUGAAGUUCGAUCGCAAGCCUCCGCUUGCUAAAUCCCCAACCCGGCUUCGGCCUCGCCGUGUUCUUCGCUCGAACUCAACCCCUGUGCCUAUGCAAACUCCUCCAGGCUCUUUGACAAAAUCUGAGAAACCGAGCCGCAGAUGGGACAUGGAGGAAUCGGAACUUCGACCCGAGUACCGUUCCAUUUCGUGCGAGUUACGUGCUUUGGCAAGGAUGGUCAGCGAUGAAUUUGGCAAAGGAGAUUCGGACAACACUAAUGGUGGGGUGUCCAAUUCUGUGUGUCCAGACUCAAGCACUUUGUUUGAGAGGGGUCGGUUUUACGAGGAGUAUUCUGCUAGAAGGAAUGAGAGGCUGAGGAGGAAGAAGAGUGAGGCAAGGGAUGAGAGGAAGAGUUUUUACAAUCUGGGUGUCAAUGUGGAAUCUGCCAAAAGGGGUAGCACUUCUAAGAAGAUUCAGAGUCUGAGGAGAUCGGUUUCCGCGGCUUACUCGGUGGAGAAGAGCGAGAUUGUGGCUCCGACUCCGAGGUAUAUGCUGAGAAGCAUGAGCAAGGAGAAUAAGAAACCCCCUCUGGCUACGACUUACGGGAAAUCUGUGAUUGGUUCUGAGAGAAAAGUUGGGGCUCGAAGGGUUCUGAGAGACUGAGAAUUUCAGUUUCAGACUUUAAAGGAAACAGAAACUGUGUGUUUUCUUUUUUCUUUUUCUUUGUGCGGUUUUAAAAUUUUAAUAUGUUUUCUCUGUUAUGAUGGAUUUUUUUUGAGCAAAUGUUUGGUGGUAUAAGGAUUUGCAUUAUCUGUCUUGAAUGACUGAGGUUUCAAUUGACAAAGAAACCUAGUUAUUCAGAUGUAUAUAUGGAUGCAAUCGGAUCUUAUAUUUAGGUCUCCCUGUAGUAUCAUAUUCUCUGCUUGAGCCCCAAACUGUUGGAUUUAAUGACAAUUGCUAACAUUAUUUGUGGAAA